GGGUGCAUUCUCUUAUCAUAACUUCCACCGAUCGCCAGCAGGAUGAAAUUUCGCUUCUGCGGCGAUGGUGACUGUCCCGAUUGGGUGCUGGCCGAAAUCCAUUCCAACCUGGCCCAACUCACGACGGACCAGCUGAACGAGCUUGGUGAACAUACGGCUAAGUCAAUCCUAGGAGCGGAAAUACCGGAGACCGAAAUUGGCAAAAUCUAUUCCAUCACAAAGGGUUCCAUGGAUGGACCGAAGGGUGGUAUUGCUUGUUUAAGAUUUCUGCUUACCAGUGCCUCUCGACACAAUACAGAAAGUACCGAAUUCGGCACGGAACUUCAGCAGCUCGGACUGCCAAAGGAACAUACCGCCAUCCUUUGCCGACUGUUGGACGCUUAUGUACUGAAAAUCCGUGCCGUGCUGCGGGAGAAAAGUUUGCGCAUUAAUCAGCUGGACACGUUCAGCUGCAGCAUUCCGAAGAAUACGAUCGACUGCAUUCAGCUGAAGAUAGGCAUCCAGAAUGAGAUAGUCGACGGGUUGCCAAAGCAAACGUCCCAUACGGUGAACCUGAACCGAAACGAUGCGCUGCUAUUGCUGAACGAGCUGAAAGCGGUUCGCGAUACGAUGGAGAGCUAUAAUUUUGAUAAGAAAUAUUCGGAGGAGAAAUAA